AUGAAUAAUGAGUACUUUCUUUCUACUACUAUAGAACGUUUUAUUGACGUAAUCAUUCUUUCAUACAAUAAUAAUGAUGAUGAUAACCAAAAUUAUACUAAACGAAACAAAAAAAAAUUACAAGUUGCAUAUUGUGUUCCAAAGAUCAUUCAUAUUGAAGAUCAUUUUCCAAUUUUAUCACAUUCAAGUUUUAUAAUAUCAAUUUUGUUGGGAUUACAUGGUUAUACUAAAAAAUCGUUAUCAUUAUCUGGUGCAAUAGCUGCAUUUUUUGUUGGUCUGGGGACUAUUGCUCAUGAUUGGAAUGUGUAUGCAGUAGUAUUAUUGACAUUCUAUUUUACGAGUUCAAGGCUAACCAAAUAUAAAGCAGAAAGGAAGAAGAAAUUAGAGGAAGAUUAUGUUGAUGGUGGCCAAAGAACUAUCGCACAGGUUUUGUGUACUUCAUUAUUUGGAACAUCGAUAGCAAUACUUCAUCAGUGGAUAUAUGGCGGUAAUCUGGAAUGUUUGUUGGAAGAUCGAGGCUCAAGAUUUCUAUUUUGGAUGUAUAUUGGACAUUAUGCUACAUGUAAUGGUGAUACGUGGGCAAGCGAACUUGGCAUACUUAGUAAAGAUUGGCCUAUAUUAAUAACAACAUUUAAAAAGGUUCCACCUGGUACAAAUGGAGGUGUAUCACCAUUAGGUUUAUUAGCUUCAGUUAUGGGUGGCUUUAUAAUUGGUGUCUUUGCAUUAAUAACUAUUGUGAUAACAGAUGGUUGUGUAAAAAUCUGGUAUGAAAUAAUUAUAAUUUCAUCAUUUGCAGGAUUUUUUGGUUCAUUGGUAGAUUCAUUACUAGGUGCAACAGUCCAGCAAACAAAUUAUUCUGAGAAAUCAAAAAAGAUUACUUAUCAUGAAACUGAAAAUGUCAAAGUUAUUAGUGGAAUUGAUUUGUUGGAUAAUAAUCAAGUGAAUUUUUUUUCAGCAUUAUUUACUGGUUUGGUGACAGGAUUUUUAGGCGAUUGGCUUAUUAAUUAA